AUGAUGUAUAAGUUACUUAGUUGUAUCAGAUGUUUGACUUUGAAGAGAGCAACAUCAUUAUUACAAUUACUAAUUGUUUGUAUUGUCAUUACUUUAUGCUUGAUUGUUCUUACUGUAAAUCGAGUAAUGAUGGAUGCUUUAAUCUCAGAAAUUUCAGAUAAAUUACUAUUUAAAUAAAACUUUUAGUCAUAUGAGUUAUAAACUGAAAUGCUCAAAUAUUAAAUGAAUUGGCCUCUAACUAAACGAUUUUAAAUGAUGAAGGCUUUUGGUUAAAUCUACUAAAAUUUUCAAACUUCAAUAAUUUAGAACUAAAGUCCUUUAGAAUGCCCAAUUUAUAUAGAAGAUUUAAAAUAAGAAUUCAAUAUUUUAUUUGGAUUACCUGAAUUUUGUGUAAGUAAUUAAAAUAUGUAAAUGGAGAAAGAAAAACAUUAAUUUAAUCUUUUUAUUAAUUUCCUCAAUCAGCUUCUUAUACCAUUAACAUGGUCUCCAAUUACUGAUUUGUAUAUGAGCAGUACAGAUUCAAGUUAAUUUUUUGCUUCAUGUCCUCCUUUUUUUAAUUUUCCAUCAUAUUAUCCUCAUGAUAGACCAUGGUAUAUAAAUCAUAUUGAACAGACUUAGAAAUAAAGUGGAUAAUUUUUCGUUUCUAAUAUUUAUGAAUCAUUUGGAACAAAUGAACUCUCCUUCACAAUCACUUACUCUUUGCAAUAAAAAGAUUUGUGUUCUUAAGAAAAAUAAAAAAUUGAUGGAAUUAUGGGUUAUGAUUUAAAUUUUAAGGAAUUUGAGGAUCAACUAAAUAUUAAAUCAUUUAUUUAUUUCUUAUUGAAUCCUUUAGGAUAAAUAAUUCAUACAAAUUAUUUCUAAUCAUCUAAUAUAAAAUUAGAUUAGUUUUUAGUAUACAUAUAUCAAUAAAACGUAACAGGUUUUAAUAAAGUAGAUUGGGAUCAAAUUCGCAAUUAAGCCAAGAAUUAUUCUUAUUUUAAUAAUUGUUCAUUUUAAAUUUAACAUUUAUGUAGAUACAAUUCUAUAUAUAAUGAAGAUAUCAUUUUACAUGUUUUAAAUCUUAAUUAAGACUUUUAUUUAGUUAUGUAUAUUUUGAUGUAUUUCUAUUAUAGUUUUCAAAAUGUGACCAUUCAACAACAAAAUAUAAUGGAGGCAUAAUAGAGAAAGAAAAAUAUUAUUGAUUCCUUUAGGGCUUAUUUAGUUUGUUUAGUAAUAGCAUCAACUAUUCUCUUAAUAUUAAGUUGGAUAGGUUUAUAUUUUUUUUUUCGGCCUUUAAAACAAAUUAGAUUAGCAUUUCUAAAUUAAUUAAGGUACAAGUUUUCUAGUUCGAAUAAAUUGAUGGGGAUAUAUAAUUCUUUUGAUGAAAAUAAAAUUUGGUAUCUUAAUUAAGCUAUGAAAAAUUUAAAAACUAAAAUGAAUGAUAUAAAAUCUAAAAAAUGUGAGAAUUGCCAUUUGAUAGAAAAUUUUAAAUAUCCAAAGAAUUCACUACCAAUUGAAUAUAUGUAAAUAAAAAAUAAAGUGAAAUUCGUUAAUAUAAAUGAGAAUAGAGAAAUAUAAGAAUCUUAAGAAUGGAAUAAUAUAAAACAUUCAUCAGAAAUUCCUAUAUUCCAAGAAUUGCGUUAAUCAUUAUUUUCUUACAUACAUAUAUAGAGUAGUUAAACAUUAUAAAGUGAAAUGGAUGAAAAUUUACAAUUAAUUAAUGAGCCAAAUGCAUAAAGAUUCAUAUGA